GUCGGGAAAGGUGGUUUUGGUGAAGUAUUUAAAAUGGAACACAAAACAAAUGGGUCAACAAUGGCAAUGAAGCAAAUACUAAUAUCAAAAAAUAGAAAAGUAAGUAAAAUCAAGUAUCUUAUUUUCGAAGAAGUUGAAAUUUUAUCAAAACUAAAACAUGAUAAUAUUAUUAAAAUUCUUUCAUACCAAAAUGAUGAAAAUCAUUUAUCAAUUUUUUUUGAAUAUUUACCAGAUUCAAUUUCCUCUGUAUAUAAAACAAGUGGUGCUUUCAAGGAAUCAAAUUGUAGAACUAUUAUAACAGGUGUAUUAAAUGCAUUGGUUCAUAUUCAUAGUGAAAAAGUAGUACACAGAGAUCUAAAAGGAGAUAACAUUUUACUAAAAGGUGACCAUCCAUACAUAAUUGACUUUGGCUUAUCUCAUAAAUUUGAUAGAGAAUCACAUUCAACAUUUUAUAGCAACGCUGGCACACACUUUUGGCAAGCACCAGAGGUUAGAUUAAAUAUUAUUGGUGAAUGUGGGAGAUCAAGUGAUAUUUGGAGUCUCGGUUGUACAAUCGUUGAAAUGUUAGUAGGUGGUAAUCCUUGGCAAAACAAUAAAAUUGAGGAUGAGAUCCACCCACCAAUCCCACCAAAUUUAUCAGUAAAUCUAAGAGAUUUUUUAAAUGCUUGUUUUUUAAUAUCACCUGAAGUCAGACCAUCUGCUAAAAAGCUGCUCAACCACCCCUGGAUU